UGUUAAGAGUACGACAAUUACCACUUUGACCUCACAAAAUUUGGGAAAUUGUCACAAAGUAUUUGAAAAUUUUUCCAAUUGAGAGCAGAAAAUUCAAAGCCCUAAUCUUCUCCAUUGCUGAAUUCAAUGAAUACCCCGUCCCCCGCCAAUUCUUCCGUUUCCACCACGGCGGUUGCCGGAAGGUGUAGCACUAACGCCGCAUUGUCGCUUGACGAUUUUCGCUUUCCCUCCAAUUUAAUUUCCGUGCCAGAGCGCAAGGACGAGGCCAUGACCGCUCUUAAAUCUAAUAUAAUGGCUGCACUGAAUAAGGAGGUCAAAUCCCUAGAUGAUGAUAACUGGAUGUUUGAAGGUCCUCGCUCCCGUAUCAACCUUAUGUCACGACAAGGUGCUAAUUGCCAUGCAAUUCCCUAUCAGGUGGUGCUUUCCUCAAAAAGACAGAAGAGAAAAGAAGGUAAUGGAUCAGAUUGAUGAGAAUGAUUUUCAUCUUGGAGAAAUCUUGUGAUUGUGCUGCCUUUGGACAAUACUGGGUUUCAUUUAUCCCAUUUAUCCAAUCAAGUAAUCAAUUCCUUUUUCUCAAUCUAUAAUUUUUCCUUCUGUAGAUGUAAAGGGUUUGCAAAUACUUGUCCAAACGAAACCUUGCUUACUGAAUUAUGUGAAACCCCACUUCUAACCUCUUAUUAGGUCAUGUUUGAAUUAACUUAUCAAGUGCUUACAAAAAAUGUUUUCGAGUGAAGAUAAAUGUUUUUUAUCGACGAUGAAAGGAUUUAAUUCACGGA